UAAAGCAACAGUGUGUGAAUUACGGUGUGAGAGCGGAGUGAGAGGGAGUGUGCAUUCGGAGGGAAAUAUUGUGAUAGAGGAGCGAGGGAGUGAGAGAGCAAGAGAGCGAGACAAAGAGAGACGGUGGUUCUCUGUCCUCGGCAGCGUUGCAUGAAACCAGCCGAGCAUUAGUAGGUGGAGCUAGAGAGGAGAGGAGGUGGAGCUGUGAGAGGAGAAGCUGGUGACAAAUUGUACUCCACACCCCUCUCUCUCUGUCUCUGUCUCUCUCGCAGUCCCCUCUCCUCUUUCGCCCGGUCAGCAUCUGCCUCUGGAUGUGUACAGUAAGACACGUUCCUCUGGGAUGCUGUGAGAUCCAGGGACACGGAACAGAACUCCACUGGUGGGCGAAGACUUACGGCGACAAGCCCUGAUGCACCUCAUUCAGGAACACAGCUGGCACGAUCUGGAAUACGUUUGGUCUCGGCUCGUGGAUUGGAGUAUUGACAGCUGCUAUAGAAAAAACAAAAACCUGAAGCAUCUUGGAAAACUUGUGUGUCUAAUCGCGGAAGAAGAUUUGCUGAUUAAGUUUUGGAUUGCGAUCCUUUCACAAUCCCUGCUUCCAGCAGGCGCCAGUGUCUUGGAGUAGUAGUGUCAGUAUUUCUUGGCCGCUCUCUCAUUUGUCCUCAUCCUCACUUUCCUACACUAGCUCUCUUGCGCUCUCUCUCACCUCUCACUCUCUCUGACCGGAGCAGCAACAAGUGGUGGGUUACCUCCUCACUCCCCCUGCCUGCAGCGCUCCUCGUUGUAUCCUCUAGGCUUCCUCUUUCGAGUCCUCUUUGAUUCCUCGUUGGCUUCCUCGUUGGCUUCCUCAUUGGGCUCUUUUGGAUUCCUCGUUGACUCCUUUGUUGACUUCUUGGCCUUUCUGAGUUCCUCCUUGGUAUCCGGUUCUUCAAGAUGACUCCCAUGCAGAAGCUGCUGCAGCUGCCCGUCAACGCGGUCAACAUGGUGAAGACGGUGCAGAACCAGGUCCAGGGCUUCCAGGAGGAGGACAAGAGCCCUGUGCUCAGCCCCGACGGAGCCCACCAGGCCUGGUACAGCGCCCUGCAGCCAGACGAACUCCGCCACCUCCGCUCCGGGGGCUCCGGUGGCGGCGGAGGAGGAGGACACAACUCUGAGGAACGUGCCCCGCUGGAGGAAGGUGGAGGUGGUGGUGGCGGCCAGACCCAACCCCUGCGACACGAUGACCUGAAGGAGAUGCUGGACAGCAACAAAGACUCCCUGAAGCUGGAGGCCAUGAAGCGCAUCGUGGCGAUGAUAGCUCGCGGUAAGAAUACUUCGGAUCUCUUUCCAGCUGUGGUGAAGAAUGUGGCCUGCAAGAACAUUGAGGUGAAGAAGCUGGUGUAUGUGUACCUGGUGCGCUAUGCAGAGGAGCAGCAGGACCUGGCUCUGCUCUCCAUCUCCACGUUCCAGAGGGGUCUGAAGGACCCAAACCAGCUGAUCCGGGCCAGUGCCCUGAGGGUCCUGUCCAGUAUCCGCGUAACCAUCAUCGUCCCCAUCAUGAUGCUGGCCAUCAAGGAGGCCGCCUCUGACAUGUCUCCCUAUGUCAGGAAGACCGCCGCGCAUGCCAUCCCUAAACUCUACAGCUUGGAUCCCGAGCAGAAGGAUCAACUCAUCGAGGUGAUUGAGAAGCUCCUGGCUGACAAAACCACGCUGGUGGCAGGCAGCGUGGUGAUGGCCUUCGAGGAGGUGUGUCCGGAGCGCAUCGACCUGAUCCAUAAGAACUACCGCAAGCUGUGCAACCUGCUGGUGGACGUGGAGGAGUGGGGCCAGGUGGUCAUCAUCAACAUGCUGACACGCUACGCACGCACGCAGUUCCUCAACCCCAACCUCAACGAGUGCCUGCUGGAGGAGGGGGGGGAGAGCACCUUCUACGGCUCUGACGCAGACCAGGACGAGGACGAGGACGAGGACAAGAAGGACGAGGCGCUGUCCAAGAGGAAGCCCUACGUGAUGGACCCCGACCAUCGCCUGCUGCUCAGGAACACCAAGCCCCUCCUGCAGAGCCGCAACGCCGCCGUGGUGAUGGCUGUGGCGCAGCUCUACUUCCACCUGGCCCCUAAAGCUGAGGUGGGGGUCAUCGCCAAGGCCCUGGUCCGCCUGCUGAGGAGCCACAGUGAAGUCCAGUAUGUGGUCCUCCAGAAUGUGGCCACUAUGACCAUCAAGAGAAGGGGGAUGUUUGAACCUUACCUGAAGAGUUUCUACAUCCGUUCCACGGACCCCACCCAGAUUAAAGUCCUCAAGCUGGAGGUGCUGACCAACCUGGCCAGCGAGACAAACAUCUCCACCAUCCUGAGAGAAUUUCAGACGUACAUUAAAAGCAUGGACAAGGACUUUGUAGCGGCCACGAUCCAGGCAAUCGGUCGCUGUGCCACUCACAUUGGGGAGGUGAGGGACACCUGUCUCAACGGCCUGGUGCAGCUGCUUUCCAACCGCGACGAGCUGGUGGUGGCCGAGUCGGUGGUGGUCAUCAAGAAGCUGCUGCAGAUGCAGCCCGAGAAACACAGCGACAUCAUAAAGCACAUGGCCAAACUGACGGACAACAUCCAGGUGCCCAUGGCGCGAGCUAGCAUCCUCUGGCUCAUCGGGGAAUACUGCGAACACGUCCCCAAGAUCGCCCCGGACGUUCUGAGGAAAAUGGCCAAGACCUUCACCAACGAGGAAGACAUUGUCAAACUGCAGAUCAUCAAUUUGGCCGCCAAGCUCUACCUCACAAACUCCAAGCAGACCAAGCUGCUCACUCAGUACGUCCUGAACCUGGCCAAAUACGACCAGAACUACGACAUCCGGGACCGGGCUCGCUUCAUUCGCCAGCUCAUAGUGCCCACGGACAAGUGCGGGGCGCUCAGCAAGUACGCCAAGAAGCUGAUCCUGGCUCUGAAGCCGGCGCCCAUCCUCGAGUCUCCCUUCAAAGACCGGGACCACUUCCAGCUUGGCUCCCUGUCCCACCUGCUUAACACCAAGGCGGGGGGUUACCAGGAGCUGCCCGACUGGCCCCAGGACGCCCCCGACCCCUCCGUGCGCAACGUGGAGGUUAUUACGCUGCUCGAAAGAGUCACAAAAUUAACGAGUGUGCCUGAGUGGACCAAGUGCAGCAGCCGGGAGAAGAGGAAGGAGAAGAAGGUGGAGAAGCCGUUCUACUCUGACUCUGAGGGCGAGUCGGGGCCGACAGAGUCUGCGGACAGCGAGUCGGACUCUGCCAGCAGCUCGGCCAGCGGCAGCGAGCAGAGCGGCUCAGGGAGCGAAGAGAGCGAGGAGAGCGAGGAGCGCUCCGACUCAGAUGAGGAGGAGGAGGAGGAGGAGGAGGAAGCCAAGAAGAGGAAGACCCAGAAGAAGGAACCCAUCGAAGCGGUGCAGCAAAGUGAAAGUGAGCAAAGCAGUGAAGAGGAAGUGAAGAAGAGGAAAGUUAGCAUACCUCCGCCGAGGAACGUGUCCGAGUCGGAGUCUGACGACGACGACAGCCCGUCAGACAGCAGCCAGGACUCAGAAUCUGAGGAUUCUGAGUCCGAGGCAGAGGUCAAAAAGAAAAAGAAGAUAACUCCGCCCAAAGCACCCACUAAACCAGUGAAGAAAGAGGGCAAGAAGGAGAAGAAGGAAAUGUCUCUCCUGGACUUUGACGACUUCGAGCCCACCCCCUCCCCCCAGGUGACACCCGUGGGUAACUUCCUGUCAAGCAGCCUGGUGACGGACCUUGAGGGGCUAUCUCUGACCGACACCGUGCUGUCUCCUGCCACGAUCUCUCCGUCCGGUUCACUGAAGAGCUACGAGCUGCUGCACCGCAUCACAGGGGAGGGUCUGUGGGUGGAGUACUGCUUCAGCCGCCAGCCGUUUCUCCCUGACCCCCACAUGGUGGCCGUGCAGAUCCAGUUCACCAACAGCGCCGCCACCGAGGCCAAGAGCCUGCGCCUGGAGGAGGCCAAGCUGCAGUCCGGCAUGCGGGUCAAGGAGUUCCCCGAGAUCGAGGUGCUGCCAGCAGGGGAGAGCGCUACGGUGGUGAUGGGCGUCGACUUCUGUGACUCCACCCAGGCAGCCAACCUGCAGCUCUGCACUCACAGCAGGAAGUUCUUUGUGUCCAUCCAACCCCCGGUCGGAGAGCUGAUGACCCCUUCUUUCAUGACAGAGAACGAGUUCAAGAAAGAGCAAGGUCAGCUGAUGGGCAUGAACGAGAUAACGGAGAAGAUGCAGCUGCCCGAGAGGUGUCAGAAUGAGCACGCCAUUGUCCAGAGGGUGAUAGCCGCGGCUAACCUCAGCAGGGUGCCUUGUGGCUCGGAUAAGGAGUGCAGUUCUCCUGCUCCUCCUCCUCCUGGUCCUCCUGUCCACAGGUUUGCUGGGCGCACCGUGACCAGCGGCAGCCUGGUGCUAGUCACCGUGGCGACCAAAGAGAGCGGGCCGUCCCAGUUGACCAUCAACUGCGAGAAGAUGGUGAUCGGCACCAUGCUGGUGAAGGACAUCCUGCUGGCACUGACCCAGUGACCCCGCGGCCACCCCUCCUCACCCCCACCCUACGUACCGUAACACCACCCGCUGACCCAGUGACCCCGCAGUCACAUGACCCCUCUUCUCACCCUACGUACCGUAACACCCCCUACGCGGUGGUUCUCCCGCUGGAAGUUGUGUCAGUGUGAAUAAACCCAAGUUAUUUAUUGUUUGACUUGUUUUCCCUCUAAAGAUGUCCCCUUUACCUCGGCUUUGUGAAACAACUCUAGUAGAUAGAAAUUGAAAUAAAGCGUGACUGAAGGCAA